UGCGCGGUCUUCUCCCCUCACUUUCGAGAACACCCUUCUUUCUCCCCCAUUCUCCUCUCUCUUCUCUCUCCCCUGCAACAUCCUCCGGCAGUACCUCCGACCACCUUCCGCCAGUGCUGCCCACCUCCAUUCUCCUCCAAAGUCUACGUCAAGUUGCCUAGAUCAUGUUUCGUUGCCUUAAACGGAGUUGUUCCAUUUGUCUCCACCACCGUUGAAAGAGCUGCCGCUGCCGCUCCCUUUGUCGCUAGAGUUAUGUCUCUCCUCCGUCGUCCAGUUCUUCAAGAUCUCUGCUUUGAAUCUUGUUUUCUGUGUCACCGUUGUGUUUGGGAACGUGUCGUUGAAGUGCCUUCCUGUGUCGUUUAAUCAAGCAAUUAGUGCAAUGCCUUUUUUCACUACCAUUUUUCUCUUCAAGAGGCAGGCUUAUAAAGUGGUUCAAAGUUACCGGCAAGAUUUAUACCGUCGAAUUUAUUUCGUCAAUAAAUUCGACGCUAUGGGACGACUUUCUUGUAGUGAAAGGGAUGUUAUUCCUGUUAAGGCAAACCAACUUUUCGAGGUUGAGGGCGCUAAAUCCGCCAUCAAAGGGAGUAGAAAGAGUCUUCAUAGCGAUGAUUUCAUAUUCAUGGAUAAGGCAACACCGAUGACAGACAAUGACGAGGCGAGUCCAAUGAAGCGGUGGCGACUCUGCACGGUAACAAGUUGAGGAAGCAAAAUGUGUGCUAAGAAUGUUACCGGUGUGGCUAUGCACAAUAAUCUACUCGGUUGUAUUCACAGAAAUGGCUUCUCUGUUUGUUGAGAAAGGUGAUGUGAUGAACUCCAACAUUUGCCAGCGCCCAGCGGCAAGCAUGUCAGCAUUUGACAUAUGCAGUGUCCUAGUGUGCACCUGUAUUUAACUAUUUAUCGCCAUAAUAUUGAAUUACAUUAAGUUGCUGUAGUGAGUGUAAUUAACGCUUUUGCCCAUUAUUCAAAUGCCAAUUUAUCACCAAAAUGGAUUGAGGAUCCAUUAAAAUGCAAUACUGUAUAGUAUUCAUUAGGAAUUGAUUGGUUGAAUAAUUGUUUUUAUGAGUGAUGGUGAGAUCUACUAUAUGUAUGACAAGUGAAGUAACAUGUAUGUAUUGACUUAGGUCAAUUAAUUGUAUGAUACAGAUACAUGCCAUAACAAAGUCACUACACAAUUUUCAUAUCUUCGCAUCAAGUAAAUCUUUAUUUUCCACUCAAUCCUAUGAAUUGAUCAUCUUUCGAAAAGACAGAAACCAGCUAGUAUUAGUUUAUUACUCAACGAACUUAAAGAAAUGCAUCUUUCAAAUAUAGACCAUAUACUAGUAAAGCCUAACUUAAAAGCAUAUAGCAAAGCCUGCAAUACAGAGCAGAAACCAAAUCUUGGACCAACAAUUUAGAUACGUGGAUAUAUUAAAAGUUGAUGAUGGUAGAAGAUAACAAAAUAUUAGAAGCUAAAAUCAGAUAAUGUGGCACAUUGGAAGCUAAUUGACAAAAAUUUCAACUAGAAAAUUCUGCACAAUUCAAUCCUCACUAAAGAAAACCACGUAAACUAAUCAUAAGUGUUUGUCCUGAAAGUGCUAAGAGAAAACAAGGGCAAAGGAAACAUAAAUCACAUUCCACUCUUGCGUAAUUCUUCUAUUCCAUGGGCAAAGUGGCACUUCUCCCCGAAAGUGCAGGAGCCUUUUGAAAAUUUUUCACAUAUCUUGGUUUUGAAGUUGUUUGAACCAGGACCAUAUGAAGUGACAUUCUUCUUUGCAGGUCCAGCAGCCGAACUAACAUUCAGAAUAAGUUCGUGGACCAUGGAACUUGCUUGUUUGAUCUGAUCAAAACUUCCUUCAAGCUCAAUGUUUUUAAGGUUAGGAUCAGAAUCAUGUUCCCUGAUAGAAAGUUUUGCUCCUGUUACACGACAGAUUUGCUUCGAGUUGAUACCAUUUUUCCCAAUAACAGCCCCAGCAAGGGAAGCAUUGAUGCUAAUCUUCGCGGUAGCUGAGGCGCCAAAGCCAGCAGCAGCUCCAUGAGCUGGAGUCUCAACUCGCCCACCAAUCCUUUGUCUGUCUUCAUAUGAAGGCAUUGUAGGCUUGCCAAUCUCCCACUCACCAUGGGCAAAGUGACAUUUGUCACCAAAUUUACAACCUUCGCUUGAAUUAUACUUGUUGCACAAUCUGGUUUUAACCAUUGGAGGAGAAGACCCAUCCGGGAAAGAUGGAGGAACAGGUGGUGUUCUACUAACUUGAGGAAGAGCAGGGUUGCUACCAGCAUUCAUCAUUUGAACGGUUUUGAUGCCACCAGGAACAUAAUGCAAGAAAUGGCAUCCCUCACCAAAUGGACAGCCAGAGGUGCUG